GGCUUGUAUUCAAGAUCCUGCAGUUUAAAUUACUAUAAUUUUGAUAGACCAGAACCUAUAUAAGGGUUGAACCGAUAACUCACUCUACAUGUAAAGGAAAGAAUGGGUCAUUACUAGGGGUAUAUGUAAUUAUCAGUUUGUAAAAAUGACAAACACACCCCUAUUCCCAGAUAAUACCCUAAAUCCUAAUUCACAGUGAAGCAAAAUUGUCCUUUUGUACGGGGUUGGCUUUGACUGGCGGCUGGCCCCUCUAGUUUCAGACUUUCAGUUCUCUAGAUCUUCAAGAAUCCGUUCAAGAAUCUGUUCAAGUCAUGAAAGAAGUUCUCUGAGCCGUUCAAGAAUACGUUGCCGCCUCGUAAGAUCUCUGAGCCGCGGAUUCUGACAGCCGGCGUAAUUUUCGUCCUUUCCAAACGAAGUCCGGGCGCCGUCUCCCUUAGAAGAAUUUGAUGCAAUAUACACGAGUUUUCACACAGAAAGUGAACCAAUGCUCUUGAAUGACAAUGACGCGAUUAUCAGUAUACUGAUUCGUCUACCCUUAAAGACGUUAAUCCAAUGCAAACUUGUAUGCAAAUGGUGGCACAAUCUCAUCUCCGAUCCUGUGUUCAUUGCCACUUACUCGCGACAAAAUCCCCAACACUAUGUUUCAGGAUUCUAUCUGCAGAAGUUCUUGUUUCUUAAACUUUAUUCGGAACUUGAGUUCUUUCCAUAUGAAGGAAACCAUGAUGUCGCAGCUAAGCCUUCCCUUUCUUUCAUUGAAGAUAAUAAUGGUGUUUGCAUUCGGGAUUCCUGCAAUGGUCUCCUACUUUGCUCGAGCUUUCGUUGUAGCAACGAAGAAGAGCGAAAGUACUACAUCUGCCAACCGACUACAAAGCAAUAUUUCUCCUUGCCCAAACCGCCAUGUGAGAAAGUCUUCGCCAUUAGCAUAGUCUGCAAUCUUAAAAGAUCACCUUAUUACCAAGUAUGCAUCUGUGAUUCCAAAACAUUGCCUAACUUCAAGUACCGCAAGGUAAAAGUAUACCAUUCGAGAACAAGGUCAUGGAGAGAUUCAGGGAAUCCUCGCAUUAUUAAAGAUGAUAUUCUAUUCGACCGCGGAAUCUACUCAAAUGGCGCAAUUCACUGGGUUGGAAAAGGAGAAAAGUCCUUACGAUUCGACAUUGAAAACGAGCUAAUGGACUGGAUACCAAUGCCUGCGAUAAGGGAUGGAUGGACGGAAAGAAGAAUUGGAUAUUUCGGGGAAUCGAGGGGAAAUUUAUAUCUAAUUGAGAACUAUGGACCCUGUAGUAGCAAGUUUGAUGUGAUGGAGAUGAAGAGGGAUUAUUCAAGCUGGACAUUGAAGUACCAGGUUGAUCUUCAGAGUGUAAUUUCUAAUCGUUUUAAUGUAUUACAAAUUGUGCAUGAAAAAGUUGGAGAGAAAUAUGAACCAUUAAUGGUACUGAAAGGUCAAGGUAACUUUAUGUUGUAUAAUAUGAGAGAAAAUAGAAUCGUGAAACUCAGUUACUCCACAUUUCCAGUAAAGGAUGUGGGUGACUCAAACGGAUUGUGGUAUAACUGGGAAGCAGUUUUUCCAUAUACCAAUUCUCUCUAUUAUAUUUGAUAAUUUUUCUUCGUUUUUA